CAAAUUUUCACCCAUCAGCUCGGUCGCGGUUGUUGGGUUACACGGUCUCGCUGCGAAUCAAGUAGAACCAAGUGUGUCCAUUUAUAAAUAUCGUUCUCGUCGCGAUACGUCGCGGUAGCGUAAUGUUCAGGUUUAGUUUGAGUGCAGUAAUCCUGCUGGGAUCGAUUCUGGGACCGGCGCUGGGUCACUACAGUGGUCCGUUCCUGUUCUGGGGAGUGAGCGAUUUGAAGGACGUCGAAGUUUCCGCACUGGAGGCACUCGACGAUAAGUUUCUUCGGGACUUGUACUCGAAUGCGGCCGCGGUGGUGGUUUUUCUGAGAAAUGGAACGGCAAAGCUGAACGACGAUAAUUUUCCCAGCUUCCGGAGAGUGCUCGAGAAGCACGAGUAUGUGUACAGUGCCCAGGAGGAGCUAAGUUCGAACCCAUUGGAUUAUAAUGUCAAUGCUGAGAUAAUCAACCUGGUUGGCUCUCCCGCGCAGCAAGAUGUUGAACUGGCCGCUCUCUACCGCGAUUCGACCGGCAACUAUGGCGAGCGCAAGGUGCUCGGAAUAUUGGCCAGCCGGUGGGACGAACCGCACCAUAAGCUGUACAAACGCGAAGCCAAGCCCGAUUCGGCGGGCACCAGCACUACCCCGGCCGGGCCCACCGACGAGCCGGAAAUGGACGAUGCCAUCUACAACGUGGCCGGCAAGGCAAUCAUCUACAUCACUUCGGCGCCGGUGCUAACCAUCAACAGCACCGACGAGGAGUAUCUGCUCGACAAACAUACGGUGGCGACGUACGAUUCGCGUGAGAGCGAAAGCAAGCUGAUCGUCACGUUCAAGGUGGAGGAUAACAUCAAGCUAACGCUCAAAUUCCGAUUCGAAAUGGACGCGGGAUACUGGAACAUGCCAAAAGUGGAUGUCUUCCUAAUUGAUACCAAGAGCAAGGAUGCCAGCAAAACCACUGAUGUUACUCUGGAAAUCUCCGAAGGGGAUGCCCCAUACGCUCCGAUGGGAUUUUCCUACUCUUGCUCAAAACAGUUGGUGUACCGCAAUGGAUCCACUGUCCUAACGCUGGAAAACAUUCAGGUCCAACCGGCGCUGGAAGGCAGCACCAAGUUUGGCAGCGCCUGGGACUGCAUCGGAUUCACCACGGUCCCAAUCUGGUCCGGUUUGUUCGUGACAUCGUUCAUGGCCAUCGGGUUGGCACUGGCCAUCUGCGCCAUACUGGACAUCAAGCCCCCGAACCGGUUCGAAUCCCGCACCGGCAAGCAGCUCACGUUUACCGUGCAAGAGUAAGGCCCCCUCCGGCGUCCGGCCAUAGUUACAAGAAAUCCAACAAGCACUUAUGACCCGCAUGAACAACCUUUUGCACUCAUCCAAUGCGAAGAAAAUAUAGUAGUCGAUAGUCAUUAGAGCCGAGAGUUGAUCACCUGGACGAACUAGGAGAGAGAUUACAUGUGCGACUCUGGACCUCGAUCCGACGACACAACAACUUGAAAAUACUGCUACCAAUCGCUGCGUGAAGAGAUUAAUAAAUAGAAAACAAACCUCUCUUUAGUUGUGCCACCAUCGUUGGGAUUGAUUAACCGGGGAAACUAUCUUACGCUUUUCCAGUUAGUCAAUGCAAAUAGCUAUGCAAAGUGCGUUACGUGCUAAUCUAAGUUCAUUAGAGUGAAACAGGUUGUUCUUUUCGUAUUUUCAAAUAAUUUACAUUUUAUCUUGUUCAAUGUAUUAUAUAUUUGACGUAAAUCGAUCGUAUCUCAGCAAUGUUUAAGGAGUAUCAUCAUUGUCACAAUAGAAAUAAAUGAAAUUCUGAAGCGUAAGCAUCUUUCCGAUCAUUCGGGAAAAUCUAAGGAAA